GUGUGUACCACAGUAGUUGGCAACCAUGUCCAUUGAGAGGACCACAUGUCUUCACUGCAGCGCCACCCUGACAGCUGGCCAUUCUAGAUCUCAGCCUACAGACACAGUGUGGAACAAUGCACUCUCCACUCUGUUUUCCAGGGACAGUGCUUACCACAAUGCUGAUAAAGAAUUCUUCUGUAAUAGGUGCAGGACAGCCAUUCUUGAAGCCUUCAAACGACAGGAGGCAUCUGUGAAGUCUAUCAGUGAUUUAGCAGCAUUAGCUAAAACGCAGGACGUGGCAUCCAAUCUUCUGUCUCAAAAUGUCCUUUCAUCAACACUGAAGGAUGCUGAACAGGAAUGGUUUUUGGUGAGCUGUAACCAGAAGGAGGGCUCUCUUCUUUGGCAAGGCUCUCGGACAGGAAAGACCUUCAUCAAUAGUCACGACUCCAUUGCACGCUCCUUCUUCCAAUACUGCUCAGAAACCAAUAAAGUUGGCACUCCCGGUAAAAGAAACAUUGACCAGGACAAUAGAUCAAAUAUGGAUGACUCAUGUGAGUCUAAUGAUAUAGAGGAAAGUGAUGGUUUAUUAUGGAAUUGCUGUGUUUGUAAUGCUUCAUUUGCAAGCAAAAGGCUAUUGCUACAUCAUAUUCGAACAACACACAGGCUGAAGGGAGAAGAUGCAGAGAUUGUGGCGAAGAGGAAAUUCAUCCCUGAUGUUGAUGAUUUACCCAGCACAAAGAAAAAGAGAAUUGAUGAGGAGAAAGAUACUGUGGGGAAUGUGAGAAAAGAUGAUCAGAUGCAUUGGAAAUGUUUAGACUGUGGGAACAUUUAUGUGCACAAAAACAGUGCUAAAAUACAUUUAAAGAAAGACCACAAUAUAAGCUUGGCAGAGUCUUUAGGUCACCUUAUUAAGGUAACUAGGGAGGAACUGGGUCAUGUUGUCAAUACAGAGGAAAAUGGAGGUCUUUACAAGUGUAAGAAAUGUUGGAAAGACUACUUACUGAAGUCAUCUGUUGUCAGACACUUAAAAGCAGACCAUCAUGUCGCACGGUUAAACGUUCACAAUUUCAUAGAUUACCCAUCUCCUCAAGCAGGCAAAUUAAAUAAUGAGGCACCCGCUCUUGACAAGAGAUCCAUGAUCAAGAGAAAACCUGCAGAGAAAACUUGGAAAUGUAAGGUAUGUCAAGUUUCAUUUAAAGAUCAAAAGUCCAUUGAGGACCACAUGUCUAGUCUUCAUGCAAUGAGGAUCAGCAAGUCAAGAGCUUAUAUGGAGGUCCCAGUAUCAGACAAUGAAGAUGAAAUUCAGGACUAUACAGAUGAAAGCGAUGCCUCUGAACCUCCUAACAUUACCCAAAAUAAUGAUGAAGAAUAUCAAGGUGAGACUGGAUCUAAUUUUACAAAAAUCCGACAGUGGGGAUGCAGAAAAUGUGGUACUCAAUUUUGUCACAAGAAAGAUGCUCUUAGACAUCUUCGAGUUCGUCAUGAAUUGUCUGAGAAUGAUCGAUAUGAGUUUUUGAAAAAGCUUGAUGAUAAAAAUAUGCCUGAGUUAGAGAGAGAAACAUCAGACUUACCUAAAAGUAGCAAAAAUUGGCAAAGCUCUUUAAGUGGGGAAAACUAUAGCAACAAGUCAGAGAUGAAUAGGCACAUUGAAACUUGUCAUAAAACAGCAUUUAACAGAGGAGAACAGGUCAAAUCUGCAAAGUCAUCAUUCACUCAGGGAAACAGUCAAGAUGAGGUCAUAACAAUAGAGUCAAAUGAUGAAGAAGAGACUAACAUAGCAGAGAAUAAUGUUACAGUGUCUGCAAAGGAGGGAGCAACAUGGGGUUGUCAGAGGUGUAAGAAGACCUUCAUCAAGAAGUCCAAGGUCACUGAUCACAUGAGGAUGUAUCAUAACUUAUCCCUCAUAGAGGCAGGAGAAGCUGGGAAAGACAUUUUGAUUCAAAGUCAAAAUGGUAAGGAGAUUCAAUGGAGGACUGAUGUGGAGGAAGAAGUGUUUGUUGAUGUUGAAACUGCUGAGAAUAAACCCCAGAAAGAAUGGUUCUGCAAGCUUUGUAAUAAGAGUUACUUUCGUCGGUCCGAUGGUGCGAGACAUUGUAGAACUACCCAUGAUGUUUCUUAUGAUGAGGGCAAACUUUUGGUUGUACAUAUAUCUGAACUACCUGAAAGCAGGUCAAGCAAAGCUGAGGAAAAAGCCACUAACCAGAGUGAAGGGAAUGCAGAGAAUGAAAAACAACAACCUUGGAAAUGUUUGAAGUGCAGCCAGCAGUUUCAUAGCAAACCUGAUAUUCAACGUCAUUUGACAGAUAUACACUUUAUUGCUGACCAAGAUCAUGAGUUUUUCAUUGAAAGGAAUAAAGACUUUAUCAGAAAAUGGAUGUGUAGUAAAUGUGGGCAAAGAUUUUAUCAUCGUUUCGACACCUCUAGGCACAUUAAUUUAACACAUGAUAUUGUGUGGGAAAAAGCAAAGGAUUUUGUACAGUUCAUUGAUGACUUUGAUUCAAGCUUCCUGGAAGCUCAAGACAAAGAUGAAUCCAAACCAUAUGUGUGUUUAAUUUGUAGAAAACUCUUCUGUGCAAAGAAGCAAUUGAUGAUCCAUUUGCAGAAAUUUCACAAAGCCAAGAUCGAUGCUGAUAAUAUUGCAAAGCAUGUUUUAAGUUUUCGUAAAGUCCAUUCCAGAAACUGGGAUUGCAUAUCCCCAGAGGCUGCUGACAAUAAAAAUCAUGUACCAUUGUCACUUCUUAGUUCGUUUAUGGUGGAAGAAGAUACAGAGGCCAGAAUAGAGGAUUCAUUUAAUUUAGAUGACGUAGAAGUGAAAAUAUUGAAAGGAGAUGGAUCAUACACUGAAGAAACCUGGGCAAAGAUAAUAGGAACUAGCUAUGAGAGUGCCAGCAACAAGUCUACCUCAUACCGACCAAAGAAAGACAUAGAAAACAAAAGGUUUAUCUGCAUGCUCUGUAAUCUUAGGUACUACAAGAUGAAAGAGGCUCAGAGGCAUAUGUUUUUGAAGCACAAGAUUUCCUACAUUGAAGCUGUUAAUUACAUAAAUGAGAACAAAGCUGUGGUGUUCAAUCAAGAUGCUGAAGGGCCCAGUGAGAGGACUCCAAAACGAAGAAAAAUCAGAGAAGAAGGGGGACAUCUAUUUUAUUGUACACUUUGUAUGAAAGCAGCCAUUCAUUUUCAGUCCAGUCAACAGCACAUAACCAAUUACCACAAGGAGAAGAAAGAAAAUGUCUGCAAGAAGAUCUGUAGGUCUCAGAAUGUGGAUGUAUUCAAGUUAGGAAAUGAGGACAAAAUGAACUUUGUUUGUGUGCUCUGCUGUGUGACAUUUAGAAGCAGAAUUGAUGGUUUCAAGCACAUAGCAAAGGAGCACACUCAAGUUCCUCAAGAUGAGAUAUCUGAGUUCUUAUUCACCAAGGAAGACAAGAUGAAAACCUGUGUGGUCAAGUUCAACAAGUCCAAUGGAGUGGUUAGGGUCUUCAGUGUUAUGACUGAGGACAUCUUAAAUGAUGUUAAAUUUUCUGAGAUCAGCACCAUCAGAGAAGAAGAAGGAUCAGAGGAUGAGGAGGAGAAAAAGAAAGCAAUGAAGAUGGAAAAAGAAGAUGGUAAAGAUGUUGUCAUGGAUUAUGAGAAUGUAGAAGAUUCAUUGGCGAUCCUUUUGAUGAACAUGAGUAAUCCUGAGAGUUUUCAGAAGUUUUCUUACAAUGAAUUUUACUACAUCUUCUCUAUACCUGCAAAAUCACAGAAAAAUGUACCAUUUAGUAUUGUUAGCCACAUUUCUUGUCCAAACUGCCCAAGACAGUUCAUUGACCAAAAAGCUCUUCAUAAACACCUGCUCUCCUGUUGUGUCCCAAAACAAAAUACCUGGGAAUGCCUGAAUUGCAGGAAAAGUUUCAAAUCUGUUGGAUCUUUGGUAAAUCAUAUUCAGAAGCAGUACAACCUUCAAGGUACAGAUGUGUUGAAUUUUAUGCGUUCAAGAGAAAUUGUCAUUGCACCAGAGAAUGGAGUUGAGAUACUUGUUGAUGGCAGAAGUGAACAAGAUAUAAAAUCUUUGUUCAACACCAAAAAAUCAGAAGAGAAUGUGGAAAAUGAUGAUGAAAAUGAAGAAUCCAAUCAGUCUACAGAUGAGGGAGAUACAAGAAAACAGUGCUUUGUUUGUGGAUAUAAAUGUAGUGACCGAAAAGCUUUGUUUAAACACUGUGAAGAGGCCCACUCCAUUACAGGUCAUAACAACAGGUUCACAGAAUGCAUAAAGUGCAUGACUUAUUUCAAGUCACGCAUGGACAUCAUGGAUCAUCUUCAUAGUGUGCAUGGCAUUAAGUGUCCAAAGCUGUAUGAGAAAAGCCAUGUGUGCGUCCUUUGUGAAGAAAAGUUCAGUGACAAUGUGCAGCUGGCUAAGCAUGUCAGGACACAUGGAAAUAGGUUCACUUGCAAACACUGUACCAAGAGGUUUGAAAGCUAUUCAAAAAUGGCAACACAUUUAAAAAUCCAUUCGGAGAAAUUUCCAAGAAAACCAAUGAACUGUAUCAUUUGUAACUUAUCUGUGCCUGGAGAGUCUUAUCUCGGACAUCUUAUUGUUCACUAUGAUAGGAAAUAUGGACCAUGGAAAUGCCUUGUGUGUGAAAAAGACUUUAACCUUAGAAGAAAUUUAAAAGAACACCUUAAAGGAGAACAUCAGAUCUCCAUAUGUGAGAAGUGUGGCAAAACCUUUAACUGUAUGUACACUCUAAAGCAACAUGAGGCUGUGCAUAGGAGCAAAGUGAAAUGUACCUUGUGUAACAAGCAAUUUGAUAAUAAGAUUGAACUUGCCAUUCAUAAGAGAAUUCAUGUAAAGUACUGGAUUUGCCAUAUUUGUGGGAGAAAUCUCCCUAAUCAGAACGCCUUGAGUGGCCACUUAAAAGCUCACAAGGAGAAAAAGGCCUUGACAUCAACUCAGAAGUCAGAAAAAUAUUGUCAAAUCUGCAACAGAAACUUCAGCAGCUAUGAGAUGUAUCAGAAGCAUCAAGCUAUUCAUAAAGGAGACAGACUCCAUUGUUGUCAGUACUGUGGGAAGAAGUACUCCUACCUUGGCUCCCUGAAACUUCACUUCCGCACAAACCAUCCAGAACACAAGCCCUAUAAAUGUGUGGUUUGUGGAAAGACAUUUUCCACGUAUCACCAGAGGUUUCUUCACAUGCGAGAGCACAAAGACUACAGGGAUCCGAUUCGACCAUUCAAAUGCUCCUUCUGUCCUGGCCGAUUCAAGCACAAAAUGAGCCUGCAACGCCACGAAAGAUUGAAACACUUCAACGAGUCCCUGAUUGGCUUUAGAUGUGAUAAAUGCAACAAAGAGUUCACCAAUGGACAACAAUUACUGAGACAUGCCAUGUUUUGUGAGCCAGUCCUCACUGAACAUCCAGGUGGAGUGGGUAGCAGUGUGAUGGUGGAGAAUGAGAGCACAGGUUUAGAGGUUGUGGCAGAGGAGACAGUGGCCCUGGAGACCUCUGGAGGGAGGUCAGAGGACCCAGGGGGACCUCAGUCUGUACAGGUCCACACCAUCAACAUUGGCUCUGAGGUCCUGUCCUUCUCCUGCAGUGACCAGGAGGAACUGAUCCUUGAGGUACCAGAAGGGAUGUUGGUGGAGACGGAUAAUGGAUACCAGAUCAUUGUGUCGGAAGGAAGCUGAAUGUCUGUGGAACAAUCAAAAUAAUCAUUCUUUCAUUAGUUGAUUUUGUUUAUGGUAAUCACUGAACAAGCAACAGCUGUAGACACUCACAAUGUGAAGAUUUUUUACAAGUAGCUCUUUAUACAAAAAAUAAACAAUUAAUUCUCAUUGUGAGAGGAGAGAAAUUUUGUCCCUUUUUAUAUAAAUUCUAAUGAAAACCUCUUUUUGUGUUAUAAGAUGUCAUAUCCUUUCGUAAAUAUUUGAAAUAUGUGAAUCAUCAUAUUUUCCUAUUUUUUUUAUUACAAUUAUAAAGUGUAUUGAAAUUGUAAAUAAGGGGAAAAUUUUUAAAACUUUUGGUGCAAUUUUUUCAUGAAUACAUUGUAAAAAGCACUUCAGAUUUUUCUUAAUCUUCAGAUUCUAAAACAAAAUCUUAAAGAUUAUGUUUUGUUUUUAAUGAAAGUGGCAAAUUGGCAUUUUAUUCUGUAUACCUGCUUCACAAAUUAGUCAUUUCCACUAGAUAGUGUAUAUAUAUUAAGGACUGAACCAAAUGAUAAAUGGAAAGCAACAUGUUUACACUAAAUGUGUGUUAUUACAUGUUCUUUUACUUGUGAAUGCUUUAAUACUCAUCAUUUUUUUUCCAAUAUACAUGUUUGAUGUACACUAUACUUUGUACAUAUUUUUGGCAUUAUUCUUUUGUAAAAUGGAAUUUCAAUCAUUGUAAAAAGUGAUCUUUAUCUUUUUAUAAUCUACCAGUACCUUUCCUCUUUAAUUUUCUAAGGGAGGCUAUAUUAUGUUAGAUUUUGUGUUAUCAUCUCAAAU